UGAUGUUGAUGGUGCCGUGAUACGACCAUUACCAAAAGUGAAACGUAUUUUAUCAGACGCGACCUGUCUACCACAUAUUGUUCAGCUAUUACUGACGUUUGACCCAGUGUUAGUAGAGAAAGUAGCUACUCUGAUAUAUUUAUUGAUGCAGGACAAUCCGAAUGUAUCAAGACUCUAUCUUUCUGGUGUUUUCUUCUUUAUAAUGAUGUAUACUGGUUCUAAUGUUCUACCUAUAGCUCGACUGUUUAAAUACACUCAUAUCAAACAAGCUUUCCGUUCAGAUGAGAAUACAAGUUCUGACAUUAUGGUGAGAAGUAUUAUGGGACAUAUUCUGCCCGAAGCUAUGGUGUGUUAUUUAGAAAACUAUUCAGCUGAUAAAUUUGCUGAAAUAUUUCUGGGUGAAUUCGAUACACCAGAAGCUAUCUGGAAUAGUGAAAUGAGGCGUAUGAUGAUAGAAAAGAUCGCUAGUCAUAUUGCAGAUUUUAGCCCCAGACUACAGAGCAACACGAGGGCUCUGUAUCAAUACUGUCCAAUACCAGUUAUCAACUUUCCCCAACUAGAGAACGAAUUAUUCUGUAAUAUAUAUUAUCUCAAACAUCUAUGUGAUACCAGUCGAUUUCCUGAUUGGCCAAUCAAAGAUCCAGUACGUUUGUUAAAAGAUAUCCUGGAUGCGUGGAAGAAAGAAGUAGAAAAGAAGCCCCCUACCAUGUCAAUAGAAGAAGCUUACGAAGUCCUACAGUUAAAAACUGGUAGUGGUGGACAUGAUGAAUCAGUGAUACGUAAAGCUUAUUUUAAACUGGCUAAAAAAUACCAUCCAGAUAAAAAUCCGGAAGGAAAGGAUAUAUUUGAGAGUGUGAACAAAGCGUAUGAGUUUUUAUGUAGUAAAUCUAAAGUACAGGAAGGUCCGGACCCUCAGAAUAUUGUUCUAGUCUUAAAAGCUCAGUCUAUUUUAUUCAGCAGACACAAAGAGGCAACUUAUGGGGCUCGCUCAAUUGUGUUAGAACCAUAUAAAUACGCAGGUUAUCCUAUGUUGAUAAAAACAAUCCGAUUAGAGACAACAGAUGAUAGUUUGUUUAGUAAAGCUGCACCUCUAUUAUCAGCUGCUAGUGAACUAGCCUAUCAUACUGUUAAUUGUUCAGCUCUUAAUGCCGAGGAACUUCGUAGAGAAAACGGUAUUCAGGUGUUACAAGAAGCAUUUGAUAGGUGUGUUAGUGUAUUAGGAACCACCAGUAAACCUGAAGAUAUAUCUGUACAGGUGUGUAUAAACAUAGCCAAAUGUUACAGUGUAGCAGCUCAAUUUGAAGGUUGUCGAGAAAAAAUACAAGAAACUUCAGCCAUUAUUAAAGAUUUAUGUCGAAUUCUCUCAUUCAAGAAUUUACCCAAGUUAUGUUCAGUAGUAGCAGACUGUGUGAGUGCGUUCUGUAUAGAUUUCUGGUUACAGACCAAUCUUUAUGAAUCUGGUGUACUCUGGCAUCUAUUAAUAUAUUUAUUUCAAUAUGAUUUUACUCUUGAAGAGGGUGGAGUGGAAAGAAGUGAUGGUUCUAAUCAACAGGAAGUCAGUAACCAGCUAGCGAAACUAUGUAUCAAAGCAUGUGCCAGACUAGGUGGUUACUAUAGAAACGAUAGUCAACUCAAUAGUCCAGACAACCCGACCAUCAAAAAAUCCCUCCGUGCUCUCCUGACGCCAUAUCUAGCUAGAAAAUUGGAAAAUGAGGAUCCAUCUGAGUUACUUAAAAUAUUAAACAGUAAUACAGAGAACCCAUAUUUAAUCUGGGAUAAUGCCACUAGGGCUCAGUUACAGGAAUAUCUCACAGACAAUCAGGAGAGAAUGAUCAAAACUGGACAAUGUGAUAAAAGUUUUGGCGGUGAUCUGGUCUAUGAAAUCCAUUCAAAGGAACUGAUAAUAGGAGAAAUAUUUGUGAGAGUCUACAAUGAACAACCAACUUUCCCAUUGGAGAAUUCUAAAGGCUUUACGAUUGAUUUACUAGAUUUUCUGGGAUCUCAGGCACAGUAUUUACAUUCCUUAUUAAUGUUACAACAACAGAAAACUACAUCAACUCAAUCUAAAGGUGAUAGGCUGGGACAGGUGGAGAUGGCUUUAGAGGCUCUUAGAAACGUCAUCAGGAACAAUCCUGGUGUAGAAAUUCAGUGUAUAGGACACUUCAAAUUAUUAUUUGCUUUACUCUCCUUAGAAGAUUGUGCCAAAUUACAACAAUUUGCUUUAGAGAUUAUUAUUGUUGUAAAUUGCGUAACAAGUAAUCAAGAAUGUGUUAAUGACAUCUCCUCUGCUGAAGUCUUAUCUUAUUUAUUGUUAACCCUACAAUCUCUACCACAAUGUCGUUUACUAGCCUUAGAGAGUUUAUUUGCUCUGUUAUCCAGUACUAAAAUAGUCAAAGAAGCAAUGUCAAAAGGAGCCUUAGUAUAUUUAUUAGAUUUAUUUUGUAAUUCUACCAACCCUCAAGUUCGUGAAAAAACUGCCGAAUUACUAGCCAAGAUGUUAGCUGAUAAAUUAGUGGGUCCUAAAGUUCGGAUUAUUCUCAAUAAAUUUUUACCCAGUAUAUUUAUGGAUGCCAUGCGAGAUUCACCAGAAGCCAGUGUUCACAUGUUUGAAGGAACUCAUGAAAAUCCUGAGUUAAUUUGGAAUGAUGACGCUCGAGAAAAAGUCUGUGAUUAUAUUCAAAAAUUAAAGACUGGGCAUUAUCAAGCUCAGAAAGAGAAUAUUGGUGCUAAAUGGACUUUACCUGAAGAUGUGGAGAUUGUUUAUUCCGAUAUACAAGGGGAACUAACUGUUGGUGGAGUGUUUUUACGUUUAUUUAUUGCCAAUCCUGGUUGGGUGUUACGGAAACCAAAAGAGUUCCUGGUAGAAUUGUUGGAGAAGUGGUCGGCGCUAGUCAGUCAACAGAAUCCUAAUGGAGAAGUUUUAGAAACAGUCACAACAGCUGUCGUCUGCCUAUUUUCGGCCCAAGCCCCUCUGUUAGAUCAGAUACCACAGUUAGGCUAUAUACCAAAGGUCUUUAUGGCUAUGAAAUCAAAAAAUAAUGCCAUUCCUAAGUCUUCUAUUAUGAUUGCACAUCAACUAGCACAAAAUGAGCUAUGUAUCCGAGCUAUGACCCAGUGUGAAUGUAUAGACCCUAUGAUGAUAGGUAUGAAAUCUAGGAGAGAUCAGAUAGCUCUAGCUUCAGAAGCUAUCAGUAAAAUUUUUGAGAAGUGUGAAGAGGAACUCGUCUCUCAGGCAUUGAAAGCUGAGUUGAUACAGUUUUUACUACGACUAUUGGGAGGUGGUUUAGAAAGCGUAGAAAACCCGGCUGCUACUAAGGCUCAAAUAGUCAAAGCUAUUAAAGCCAUGCAGAGAAGUCUUUUAUAUGCAGAACAGAUAAGUGAGAUAUUAGAUGGUUCAACAGUAUGGAAAGAUUAUAAAGAUCAACGCCAUGAUUUGUUUAUAUCUAAUACGAACAUCUCUGGAUAUCUGACAGGUCCUACAGGUCCAGGUGUGGCUGGUUAUUUAACAGCAGGAACCAGAAGCAAUCUACCAGACGCCCCUCCUCCUUUAGAUCAUGGUCAUGAAUAA